AAAAUAUUUCAAUACUACUCAAUUACUAUUUGCAUUCCAUCGCAGUAUUCCUCUCGUUGCUCUCCAUUUUGUCGCAUUUCUUUUGGUCGUUUGAGGCUGCUUUUCGUAAAACGCACUAACAGGGCAGGCAACCCUAAGGCUCUUUCCCAAAGGAGUGGGGAAAGCGAGUUUGUGGUCCCUCCCGAUCUGUUAGGGCAAGAGCUCAGAAUUUCUCAAUUUCACGCCCGCCAACCCACGUUCGUCGUCGAAACCGUCACUCACCACCCAAGUCGCCGAGAUGGUUCGAUACGCUGCCACCGAGAUCCAGUCCUCGAAGUCGGCCCGCGCCCGCGGUGCCUACCUCCGAGUGUCUUUCAAGAACACUCGCGAGACCGCCCAGGCCAUCAACGGCUGGAAGCUUCAGCGCGCUGUUACCUUCCUCGAGAACGUCAAGGAGCACAAGGAGGCCGUCCCCAUGCGACGAUAUGCCGGCAGCACUGGCCGCACCGCCCAAGGCAAGCAGUUCGGUGUCUCCAAGGCUCGAUGGCCCGUCAAGUCCGCCGAGUUCCUCCUCGGUCUCCUCAAGAACGCUGAGGCCAACGCUGAUGCCAAGGGUCUCGACACCGGUGCCCUGAUUGUCAAGCACAUCCAGGUCAACCAGGCCCCCAAGCAGCGACGAAGGACAUACCGUGCCCACGGUCGUAUCAACCCCUACAUGUCCAACCCCUGCCACAUCGAGCUCAUCCUGACCGAGGGUGAGGAGGUUGUCCAGAAGUCCGAUGCUGUUGUCGAGCGCGAGCACCUCAACUCGCGCCAGCGCGGUGCCCGUCUCCGCAAGGCUAUCGCCGCCGCUUAAACAAUCACCAACCUCUAUCAAAUAGACAAAAUUUAAGCGCUGGUUGAAAACUGGGUUUACGUUGGGCAUCUUCUGUGCUGUAACUGUGUGACUUUUGACAAGACUCUUGAACAAAGGGACACUACACCAAGAUUACAUUACAAAACUCGAUCAAUUGUUCUAGGGUUUUUGCGAGGGUGGUUCGUGGCUUUUCAUCAACUGGUGUAUGGCAGGCUACGGUGAGCAUGGCAUUAAAGGGAAAUUCAUGCAAAAUUCGCAAGGUUUUCUUGACGAAAUAAAAUCAUUCAAGUCCUCCUAUGUCCGGUCCUUCAUUCGAAGAACAAUGUGACGUGAUUAGUUAGUAAAGGUCAACAUGCACCCCGUAGACUGGCGAUAGUCGUCACGAGUGAGGCAUUGCAUCAGGUUGACUCUGGAUUCAGCGACAGUGAACAUAUAUCACACUGUCCUUCAUAAUCCUCGAUAUCAUUACAUAUACAAUGCUUGCUAGCAGCUAUUGAUUGAGCAAACCUAACUGAUUCCAACUGGCAACAUAGCGAAUGCGAUAGGGAGCAAAGUCCCCUGGCUCGAUUUUCAUUCAGCGAUCAUUACGACAUUAGCCAUCCCGUCCAAUUCUGUGAGGCCCAAUUGCCUUUUUCCAUACCAAUUUUCGAAAGCAAUUACCAAACGCCUAUGCCAUCCUUUUCUAUUACAUCCAUGCUAAGCCCAACCGUUUAGUUCUCACCAUCUGUCCAUGGUGAGUCGUCAUCUAUUAGCAACAGUGGGUACUGUACGUCGUCCUGAUCAUCCAGCCCUUACGGAGGGGCCUGACCAUCGUCUUGGUUACCAAGCGGUAAGCCAAAUAGUUGUUGAUUGAGAAGAUUACCCACAACUGGGGAAGGGACAGCGAUCCGUACGGGAACGGGGAAUUGAGCAUGGUCACCGUAGAGCCUGAUCUAGAAGUCUAGGCUCACCAUGGCCUCGCUAUCUCGUGCCCCUGGAAUACUGGCAGCAUCAACUGUACCCGAGAACCGACCUUUUCCGGGUUGCUCAACACCAUCAGCUCUAGCGUCGUAAAUUGUACGCUCAUCAUAUAUAUUGGCCCAUCCCAUGUCCAUCCCGAAAGCAGUUGUAAGUUGCAGUAGCUCCUGGUUCCUUAAGCAAGGAACGAUUCGGCAGAGAAGCUUGUCACGGCACUUCUGCAUCAGAGGCGAUAGAUCUUGACUGUGCGGAUUGCCGUUGGCCCCAAGGCCUUGAGCGCCAUGCGGCAAGAUACUCCGGGUAUUUAAAGCCGGUGAGUCGACUGUAACAUACCCACAGGACUUGAAGGAGAGGCACUUCAGAGUAUACUUCUUCUCAUCUGAGCGUAGGCGCUGCGGCGCAGGUAUGUGCUGCGCUAGGGGAUCUGGCUGGUCCAAGGCUGGUUGGCUCGGGAUACUCAAACUCAGCUCGUCUCUGGCACUCAAAAUAUCUCUGAUCUUGAUGCUUGGGGAGAAAUGCUCUAUGAUGCCUGCCCAAGAUAAUACCUCUGGUUGCUGUAAGAUAUCCAUAGGUGCAGGCGGAGGAGGCGGCGGAGGAGCCUGAUUAUUGGGUGGUGGCGGUGGCAUGAAUGCCGCUCCAAAUACUCCUGCAAGCUGCUGAGCCGUCGCGUUGAAUGGGAAUGGUGCAACAACCCCAUUCGCUAUAUUGGUCGGCGGAGGUACCAGCACACCAGGAGGUGCAGGGUGUAUCCCGAUCAUGUUCAGCAGAUGAGCAUUGUUUGCUGCGCCAGCUUGCUGGAGCGGAGCUUGGGGAGUGAGAGUCGGUGGACCGGAAAGUGACACAGAUUCCAGAUCGAGCUUCUCGAGUGUGGACAAAGCCAUAUUGCGUAUUGUUUGCAAAAGGACAUGCGGUGAGGCCCAGCAGUUCUUGAGUGACAAAUGUUUAAUAAAGGGUAAUGCCAAGAGAUCGUCCGUAUUAGUUUUGGGGCUAUCAAUGCGAGUCAUGAGUUGAGGCUGUUCAAAGAACGGUGCUGGGAGGAUGUGGUGGUUCCGCUGAUAUGUCCCAGGAGCAAACUCUCCACCACAGAUCCAUUCAAAGUGAAGGCUUUCGAUGUGGCGCUGAGCGCCAAUGUAAUUGUUAAGCAGCUGAUAAACCUUACCAACAGCCUCGACAGGAGAAACUGUGUCAUCUUCUACACAACCCGGGGCAGACUUGGAAACGCGUCGCCAGUCGGCAAUAACACCUAGCGAAACAUUGCUGAGAGACGAUAGGUUCUGCCAUAGCUCAUGCCGACACAGGAUAUACACAUGGCUACUGGGGAUCUUGGCAAUCGUGAUGGUAGUAAGAUUGUUGAAGCAGUUGUCUCGGGCAUUGUCGAUAAGGCCAAUGACAUAGGACUGGAUCAUGGCGCGAUGCGCCCACUCGAGCUCGAGGAGCAUUUCUUUUUGUGCUCUUGUGAGACUGGCGGGAAUCAGCGGAUGAUUGGCCACCUCUGCGGUGGCGGGCUCGAAGUCAGCACGAUGUGUGUUUUGUGCCAUUACUCGUCUAGCUUCCAUCUCAUUGAUAAUGGUUGCUCUCUCAUCAAAGUCAAUUGCGUUGAUGUUGGUGCCCUCAGUCUCCAACAGCAUUAGCACAGCUUCGUUGAUCUGGGCACCUGAGUACCCAGCAUCUGACGCCAUCUUCUGCAGUACUGUUCGCUUGAAACUAAUGGGGUUCUCGAACACAGGCUUUCUAAAAUCCUUGACCAUCUCAUUCAGGUCGGACAUGGUGACGAUUGGUUGCUUCCGAGCUUGUGACUCAGAACCUGUGUGACGCCAAUUCUGCGUUGCAAACACGGGAUGGAGAGUGGUUGCACCUCGUGCGAUGUGAUCAGGCCCCGACAGAAAUCCAAGACCAGCAUCACAACAGAGUCCAAGAUUUGUGACUUUGACCAAGCACUUAAGCGCCUCCUUCAUGGCCUCAGUUUCGUCAGCCGUUUGUUCGAGACCCUCAAGAUCAGUAUAUCGGUGGUAGGUGCCAUGUGGCCACCGGUAUAUACCCCAAAAAGAGGGAACAGCUUCUUGCGAAGGCUUCACUGGGGGGUAUGAGAGCGUGUCCUCGUCAAGCUCCAAAGACAGCGCAAAGCGCCGGAUGUGUGGACCAAAAGACUGGAAGAUGCGCAUCCCAUUUGAGAGAAGAGCAGAGGAUGUGCGCUUAAAUGCUCCGUUUUCAUCACGAUCCAACUUGCUGUAAAGCUCCGACUUGAAGGGUACGACAACAUUUCGAAAGUACUGCGCAGAAACCUUGGCCUCGAAUUCUUUACAGACAAGUCGCAAACAUCUGACCUCAAGGCGGGUGAGGUACGAAAUAAUGAUCUCGAAAAUCUCAACCGGAAUUUCGUUCGUGGGCCAUGUAACGGCGGACAUCGCUUGGGUUCGAUCAUGGGAAUCUGACAGUUCAAGGAGAGCGGGCAUUUCUUCGUCACACGACGGAGGAGCAGUGCUUGGUCUUCUCUGACUCAACGCCGGGUCGAUGGCGUCAAUCCAGUUGGAAUCCAUUAUCGCGAUGGGUCGACGGAUUGCAAGUCUCGGUUUCGUAGACAGCGCUGUCAGAAUAUAAUGACUGCGAGAAUUAAUGGUUGAGGCGAUUUACUUUCGGUCGGGCGGAGGGUGAGUAUGUCGUCAAGGUACUCUGAUGGCGGGGCGUUGGAGCAGCGGGGACUGAAUGGUGAUGAUAUGUAGAGAGAAAAGAGGACGAAGGCGUUUAAUAUAAUGAAGAAGAAGAAGAAUAAUAAUAAUAAUUCGAUGACAGGCAACAAGGACGAAUGUUGAAGGCAAAUAGCCGCCGGGGGUGUCUCUCUUUUGUCGUAACUAGGGUGAAUAAAUGAAUGAAUAAGUCCGUGAUGUAGUACUCGGUCGGCUGCAGUCAAGACUGCAGGUGAACGAGCGGGUUGGAUCGGAUCGAUGCGGCCAAUGCCUGGUGGCAAACGUAUGUAGGUCUGGGGGAAAGUGAAAUCGAGGGGACAGGGCCCUCGUCUCCCGGUAGUUGGUAGAAUAGCUGUCGAUCUAUGCCGGGGUUAAUUGUGCGAUUGCGGCUCCGAGGGGAGAAAAUUAAUGAGUUGAGGAUGGGGAUGGCAUGUUUAUGUUUAGACGUUAACUAACCUAACCUUAGGAUGU